AUGCACAGGAAGAAGCAACUCUCGACGAAGCGAGAGACAGAGGCGCAAACAGGCGCGGUUCGCGCAUGUCGGAGUCGACGAAAAAACGCGUUCGCUGCUCGCGGGAGAGACAGGAAGAACGAGGAACGAGGAACAGAUGAAGAUGGCCAAGACAAAUUUUCUGCGGCGCGACGCGAGCGUGCAAAGUUCCGAGAGAAACGAGAGGGAGAGAAUUUAGGAGGAACCUGCAGCAGUCAACAGACAGGCUGA